UCGCGCUCUCGUUGUUGUUGUCGUCGUCGUCGUCGCCGUCGAGCGCGCGUUGCACUGAAUAGAGACAGUCGUCGUCGGCAUAUCUUGUGCGAAGCGCGCACGUUGGCGUUGUUUGUCGCCGUCUUCGAAUUCGUUUUCGUCUGCAGAGUGCCAGUGUGUUUACGUUUCGGAUGACUAUUUUGGAGCGUUAAUUCGUAGCCGCUGUGAUCGUUCCAGGGCCGUGUCCCGGUGGUGCACCUGGCGGAACGCUGGAAACUGUUAUUUUUGCGAUUUGCGUUUGCUUACCUUACACCCAUUUUGGGUCUUGGGGUGUCUCAACCGCACGGGGUCAAGUGCCCGUAACUGUGCUCGCGAACUACGUGGAAAUAGUGCAACGUCUGUUCUAGUUUACUGCUGCGAGGAUUGGCGAAGUGUGGGAUUUAUUCGGUGGAAAAUCAUUAAAAUCGAAGUAUGAUGGAGGAUAUUUUAAAAACUAGUUAUCGUUAUACCAGGAUGCAGUGAAUUGUGAUGUAAUUGCCCGAGCAAAUAAUUGGCGCAAUUCUGAAGAGCGAGAAUAAUUAGUUACACUCUGAGGAAGUACAUCUUAUGCAAAUCACUAUCAGUGUAGAAACCUACGAUGAAUAUUGAAGAAAUUAACAGGAUUGUGAGUUUGGAGGUGUGAAGACCAACGCAUGGGUGUAUGACACAUGCGAAGUAAAUAGUUUCGAAGCUGCAGCCUGCCAGUCAGUGUGAGUGGGACGAGGACGGUCAUUCGUCGAUAUUAUCUUCUAACUGGAAGAUGCGGAUUUCAGCUGAACCAGUUUGAAAGUUUUGUAUAGAAACCGAAGGUAUAGUGAAACGAUCGCGAAAAUGCCGGAGUUCGACGAUACGUUCCUGUUCGAGUGUGCCAAAUUCGAGAAGAAAAAGUGGAAAUCCUACAACAUUAGCCUUCGGCCGAGCAGCAUAGUGCUGAAGAGUGUCGGGAGCUUUAGUCCUGAUGUGAGCAAUAAUAAUAAUAACAACAAUAACAACAACCGUAGUAGUAAAUAUCUGGUGGAUGACGGCGAUGAGGGGGUGAUUGUGGGUGGUCUGCGACCGAUCAGCGAUCCGAACGGUGAGCAACCUGAGGUGGUACUGAGGAAACGUGACCACUCCAAGCAGCAUCAGCAUCAUCGCAGUGCCGCAGUCAAUUAUCUGUAUUCUAGUGUGAGUCCGAUUCGUGAGAAGAUUCUCGGCUACAAUUUCAAGCGACACUCGUACAGCCCAGGGUUGUUCGCGGCAGCUUCAACGCCAGUGCCAUCCUUUGGAGAAUAUUGCGAUAACGGAACCAUCGGUCAAAGUGCCAACAACAUUUCUGCGUCGGCCGGAGCGACCCCCCGCAAUAGUGGCAGCAGUACCGCCAGUAGCAAUUGUACCAUCUCCAACUCGAACCCCAACGUUAGCCCUGGCUCCGGGGGGAACACUUCUGCAACGCCGGGUAACGCGGGAUCGACACCGGUGGCCGAAAACGGGGACAGCAACAAAUCGGCUGCCAUAACACCGGGCGCCCCCGGUUCUUCCGGUCAUAAGGGCAGCAUUCGCGGUAACAAACUGGCACGGCGGGCGCGCUCGUUCAAGGACGACUUCCUGGAGAAGAUCUCCCAGAUACGGACGCCGACCAACACGAUGACGAGAUCGCACUCGCCCAACAGCCCCAGAAGUGGAAGCGGAAACCGGAGCAGCGCAAAGUCCGGCCAUGGGGACGACCUACUCGGCAGCAGCAAACCGGUACAGGAUCUGGCCUAUCACGUGAGACAGGUGAAGAACGCCCUGACGCACUUCAAGGAUGUGAUAUUGAAGAACAAGCUGGAGAUGCUACCCGGGAAUGGGACCGUAGUGCUGGAGUUGAUUGCCAAUGUUCAUACGGCCCUACAAUCAUACACACUCAACGAAAACAGCAGUGCGCUGAUUAAUGCCACCAACCAUGUCUACAUGUCCCUUGGCAAACUACUGAAACUCUGUGAUGAAGUGCUUCUGACGGCCGACAACGAGAGCUGUCCCUCGCUUAGCAAGGAAAACGUCAAGGAGAUCGUCGAGCAGGUCGACGGGGCCGUUAACAAUCUGGUCAAUUUGGCCAACGAGAAAAUCUCCGACAAAGCUGCAGGCAGCUCUGCUGGAAAUAAUUCUUCCAAUACACUACAACGGCCGACCGUGGACAUUGCCAGUCAGCGAACGUCCCUUCCGGAUAUCCCGCUCACCCCACGGGAGCGCGACAUUCUCGAGCAAACUUCUAUGAAAACGGUCCGCGCCUCCCACAGCACCGAGAGUAUCCUCCGCGAUUCUAGUCCUCCCCCAAAACCUCCACUCCCGGAUCGAUGCCAGGACCCGCCUCCAUUACCCCCAAAACGAAAAAGCCAGCACUCCAAAAAUCACUCCUUUCACGAAACAUCCGAUUGCAAUUCGGAUUCGACCUUCCUGGGAUGUGGCGCCCUGGAUCGGAUGUCAUUGCGGUCACGCUCUCCCGAAGAUAACUCUAGUCUGCUGAGUGCCAGCGCUGGUUCGCUGGACUCGGCUCUGAACCACUCCCGUGAGGAGGAAGAACUUCGAGCGCUAACCCAGGACAAACCAUCCUUGCUGACGGGUCAGAUUGGCGCCAACAGCUCCAGCGUUUGGGACGAAUCGGAUUGCUCCGGAAUGCUACUGCAGAGCGGUGGCGGUCCCAUCAUUACCGACGUCUCCAACCUACUAAACAAUCGCAAUUCCAACGAGUCGGGCUUUGAAUCGAUGUACUCACUUCGCAUCAGUCGCGAUCAGCAGCAAAGCAGCAGCACUUCGUUUAAAUCGACUGCUUUUGCUGCAAACAAUUCCCAAAUUCAUCACAUUCACCAGCAGCACCACCAACAUCACCAACACCAACAGCAGCAACAUCAGAAGAUCGACACCGUCAUAACGCAGGCCAGUGGCGACAGUGGAGAUUUGGUGACCACGACCACCACCAGCACAGAAAUCACCAGCAGCAGCAGUCGAGUGCAAACGGCCAAUCUGUCCAGAACGAUAAAGUACGGUAGCAUCGAAGCCAACGAUGAGGUAUUUGGGGGAAGCGAAUCCGGCGGCAGUGAUAAGCCGCCGGCCCUACCGAUCAAAACUCGCCAACACAGUAUUAGACGGGAACGGCAUCCCUCGCAAUACGACAACGUGGACGACGCGGACCUGGAGCGAGGCUCGCAGGAUACGUUCAACUCCUGUUCGCUGCACCAGACCGUCGUCGGUGGGUUCCACCACAGCAGUAGCAGCCAUAGUCGAGCGCAGAUGAUCAACAGCCUACCGAGUAAGCACAUAAGCAUGAUGGAACCGCGCCAUAUGAAUCAUUUCAGUGAGGAACCACCGCCUCUGCCUAUGAAGAAGAAACACAUUAUGGCGUACAUGGAGAUAUUCGGCAGUGCAACCCAGAACCAAGAGCUCAUGCGUCACUCGGUCCAUACGUACAAUCUAUCGCAUCACUCCGGUAGCGAAGUUCACCAUCAGAGUCUUCAGCUUCAUCAGCAGCAGCAUCAACAACAUCACCAGUACCAUCAGUCGUCCAUGUCGAUGAACAGUGGGACCAGCAGUCACAGUCUUAGUCAUAGUCAAACCAUGAGUCUCUCUCCAUCGCGGAACGCAGCGCCGCCUAUUUCGCCGCCAAGUUCCCCUGGCCUGAAUGUUAAACCCCCGGCGUUGCCUCCGAAACGGCAGCGCAUCAACAGUAAGACCCCGAGCAUCACUUCAACUCCGCCAGCUAGUCCCAAAGUAUUCGGCGGAGCGGACCAGCCAUCGUCUCCCUCGCCAUCGUCCCACUCGCAGCAGCUGAACAGUUGUUCGUCACCCUCGCCAUCGUCCUCUUCUGUUGGUACACUGCUACCAACGCCCCCGCCAAAGAACCAAAUCCAGACGGUGAUCGGCAACGUUGCUGGAGACUCGGCACCCUUAGCCAAAAUCAAGGUAUCGCCCGUGUCCGGGGACGAUCCGCACGCGCCAUCUAAUCGUAGUACUACCCCCACUUCUACAACCUCUCCCUAUACCCACAACGCUUCCUCGAAUUCCUCCCAGCAGUAUAACAACUUCCAUAACAGCUACCACAACAGCAACAGUAGUAGUAACAGCCAUAACAACAGCAAGUUAGCUAGCAAUAACAUGGGCGGAGGUAAGCCGCCGACGUCCGACGAGGACUAUCUUCAUCUGUGCGACGCUACAACAGCCCAUCAACAUUCGCGAUCGCCCUCGGAUGCCCCCACGAAUCUCAAUAGUCCUAGUAAUAGUAGUAAUCUAGUCAACAACAACAUCACCAGCAAUAACAACAACAGCAACAGUAUCACUUCGGAAUUAAGAAAAUCGGGUGUCACCGAAGGCGAUGACGACGAAGAGGAGGAGGAAGUCGAAGUUGUACUAAGGCGUAAUAACAAGAACGGCAUCACUGUGAUCGAGCAACAGUCGUCGCUCAACCUGAUGGAGGAGCUGGACGUCAGCAACUAUCUGGUCUUCAAGAAGGAGAACGAAGACGGCCCGGAUGUGAAGGGUGGCCAUCCGGACGCUCUGAUCAUCCACGCCACCAAGGUGCAGAAGAUUUCCGACGUCACUGAAGAGUUCUUAGAGGACGCCUACGGCGAAGCCUUCAUCACGACUUUCCGCACGUUCAUAUCGCCGCUGGACCUGAUCCAGAAACUGACCUACCGGUACACGCUGUUCCAUUGUCACAUGAUUGACAGCAAACAAAAAGCAGCCAAAGAGUCCUUUUCGCUGCUGGUGCGAGUGGUGAAUGAUCUGACAUGUCCGGAUCUAUCGCGCCGGUUACUCGAGAUCCUGAUGAAAUUUGUGUACCAACUAGUCUGCGCCGGCCACCUAACGAUGGCCAAACUGCUGCGGGUGAAGCUGAUCGAAAAAGUUUCCCUCUAUAAGCAAAAGCUACCGAGGGAACCGAACCAGGCACCGCCAUCGUCGCGAUCGGUGAUGACCUUUCCGCCGACGCUGCUGGAUCUAAAAUCAGCGGAAAUUGCCGAACAGAUGACCAUGCUGGAUGCGGAGCUGUUCCACAAGAUAGAAAUACCCGAGGUGCUGAUCUGGGCCCAGGAGCAAAACGAAGAACGGUCCCCGAACCUGACUACGUUCACCGAGCAUUUCAAUAAAAUGUCGUACUGGGCUCGAUCACAAAUCCUGAAGCAGGAAGAUGCCAAAGAUCGGGAAAAGCACGUGAUCAAGUUCAUCAAGAUCAUGAAGCAUCUUCGGAAGAUCAACAAUUACAACUCAUAUUUGGCGCUAUUGUCGGCGCUGGAUUCGGCUCCGAUUAGGCGAUUGGAAUGGCAUCGGACGAUCACGGAGGGUUUGAAGGAAUACUGUGCUCUAAUCGAUUCCAGUUCCAGUUUUAGAGCAUAUCGUCAGGCCUUGGCGGAAACCAAUCCACCCUGCAUACCAUACAUUGGUUUGGUGCUUCAAGAUCUUACAUUUGUACACAUUGGUAAUCCGGAUCUACUGCAGGAUGGGUCGAUUAACUUUUCGAAACGGUGGCAACAGUACCACAUAGUGGUAAACAUGAAACGUUUCAAGAAGGGGUCGUACCAAUUCAAGAAGAACGAGAAAAUCAUCGGCUUCUUCGACAACUUUGAGAACUACCUGGACGAGGACGCCAUGUGGCAGAUUUCGGAGAGCAUCAAACCGCGUGGUGGACGAAAAACCAACGUCAACAGCAAUUAGUACAAGUUGAACUGUCUCAAAGGCAGUGACGAACACGAUCAGGUGAUGAUGGCUGAGCAGCAGCAGCAACGACAAGAGUCUGCAGCUGCGGCGGCGGCGACCGAGGUCCAGCUCCGGAGGAGGGACCGAUGAAGCGCGCGCAGCGACCAGCCGGAACUAACAUCGGAACGAAGAACCAGUUGCGAGAAGGGAAGAAGGGGAUAUGAGGUAAUCAUAUUUUAAUGCCAAAUAUGUCGUUGUUUUCGCGUGAUGUUAUUUUUCACUCGCUCGAGCGAAUGUCGAGUUUAUUUUCGAUUUUCCUCCCAAUGUGCGAGGAAAGAGGGGGACGUAUUGGGAAAAGUAUUGUUAUUUUAGCUUUUUAUGGACCCUAAUUUGGUUUUAGAACAAUAUUAGUAAUGAGAUUAUAUUGACCUCUCAGUCGCGAUUUUUAUACGACUGCUGGUGAGGGCUAACAAAUUUGUGUGAAAUUGUGCAUUAUAUUUUUUAUUUAUAUCGUAUCAAUUUACUAUACACAUAAACUGCUUCACGACUUUAAUUUACGACAAAAAUUUAUUUAGAUCACUUUUAACUUCGUCUCUUGAAAUACUGAGUAUCACGGAAAUAUUUUCUGGUUACUAAUUAUGCGUUUCGGCAAACCUUAUCAUCAAAAUAUAAAAGUUGAAAUUAUUGAUUUUUGUCGUAAAAGGAAGGUCGUAAAAAAGGUUUGCGUGUAUUUAUGCAACCACACCCAAGUAUCAUACGAGCAUUUUAUUAGGUAAAAAUAAAAUUGUGUAAAUAGCGAUCAGCAAGAAAGCAUACAAACCAAUUAUAGGUGUUGUUAUUAUGUGGUAGAAAAAUGACAGAAACAAACCACGUGCAGCAAAAAAAUAUCAAAUUCAACAGUACUUUAUGCGCAAACGAUGAUGAUAAACAAACUAGUGAUAUGUGUUUACAUUCGGUAUAUCAGCACCUACAACAACAACACAAACACGAUGCAAGCAACCAAAAACAUGAAUCUGAAUAAAUUUUCAUUUUUAUCUAAAUCAUGUGAA